GCGGGACAUUUAUACAUCAAUUCCAAAACAUGGCUCUGUCCUGCUGUAAGGGUUUUGCUUUCUUAGCAGUCUUCACGUUUACAGAAAGCUGAUCAUGUUCACAAAGCAUAAAGGAACGCUUGGAGUUUCACACUACUUGAUUGUGUCAUUGAUUUUGGUAUCCCAGUUACAAGCUAAAGUGAUAACACAGGGGAACAUGACCGCAAUCCUGGACCAACCUCUUACCAUCAGAUGUAAUGUGACCAUAGAAACUGGAACGGUAGUAAAACAGAUCAGAUGGCAGAAAAACCCAGACGAGAGCAUUGCUUCAAACAACCAGAACAACAAUGCAGUGGUCAGUGAAGAAUAUCGUGACCGAGUAAAUAUAUCCCUCUACAGACCACAGACGAGUUCAAUUACUUUCAACCAUAUAACAGUUACCGAUGAGGGGUGCUACACGUGCUUAUUUGAUACCUACCCUGAAGGGGAGCAUCAUGAGCAGACAUGCAUCAGUAUAACUGUUCAGGUUAAGACUGAAGGAAAUGUGACAGCAGAAGUGGGCCAGCCUGUUACCUUGAAGUGUUAUUAUGGGAUACCCAAGAGUGUUCACCAGGUCAGGUGGAAAGUGUUGCAAAACAACAAACUUGAGGACCUGGCUUCAUACAAUAUAAGAUUUGGAGAUGAUAUCAAAGAUAAAUUUAAAGAUCGAUUCAGUAUUAAUCCUGGACUAAGCAGCGCUGCUAUUUCUAUAAAAACAGUAACACUACGUGAUGAAACAUGUUACAUCUGCGAAUUUGAUACCUUUCCUCAUGGAGUGAUGAACGGGAGUACAUGCUUGACUGUAUAUGUUUUGCCUAAACCAAAACUACACCUUAAACGUUUACAAGAUGGAAUCCAAGCCAACUGCACAGCCUCUGCUAAACCAGCACCUGAUAUUACAUGGAAUAUUGCAGGAAGAAAUAACACUGAAAACGUCACCACUACCAGUGAAAUGCUUCCAACUGGGAUCACAUUGGUGGUUAGCAGCUUGUUUGUACAGACCAAUGUUUCUGAAGAUGAUAUCAUUUGCAUGGUCCGACACCCAGGUCUGGAGAGUCCGAUCACAGUGUCUAUGAGUGAUCAAGGAGCAGGUGGCAGGAAUAUUCUCAUAGCCGUGAUGGUUUGCACAGCAUUACUAGUCUUCUGUUUGUGUGUAUGUUUGUGGAGAUGUCUAGUACAUAAGGACUGAUGACUGAUGGAUGAUUACUGAAGGCAGCUACAAAAGGAAAUACACUACUGCUGGCACAUAGAAGGAAAAAAAUAUGUCACCCAUAUGUCACAUAUUUCUGGAUAAUUACAGUUGGUCAUAUUCAGUUAAUUCAGUCCCAGAUAUGGGACUAUCUCAUAUAUAAAACAGAAAUUUCUCAUUAUAUAUCACUUUGUUUGUAAAAUUCUGCCUAUAUAUAAUCUAAAUACACUACUAGAAAUAAGCCAUGUGGUGGUGCCCAGUGUGUGAUUUUAGGGUUAGAAAUUGCAGUAACAAAAAGUAUAAUAUUUAAGCAUUUUGGGACUGCCCCAACCAGGUUAACCUUUCCAUACUACUAGUACUUCAUAUUUUGGCCGCAUACAUUUCCAGUUCCAAUUACUGAUUGUUCUAAUACCACAAGUAUUUAUUCUAGAUCCUUCACAACAGUAACAUUAAGGAAGGUUUCUUUAGUUUCUCACUAAGUACUAGUGGACCUUACACAAUCUUACACAAUCUUAGUUGUUCUGGCUUGGUGUUUGUCUUUUAUUCACAGGUUCUUGGAAUCCAUUGUAAUAAACCCAUGGUAACAUGUUAUCAACAUUAUGCAAGAAAACAAACAAAUUAAAUAAUGUAUAAUUAUCUUUUACGGCAAUACAGUAAAUAGUAUAUUAUAUCUGAAGUUGGUGGGUCAGGUUUUUUUUUUUUCAUUACUUUUUUGGAUUUGUUGUCUUGUUCAGUUAACAAACACAGACAUUUGCAUGACAAAAAUGUGAAGCUUGUGUUUUAACUGAAAUAAUUAUAUUACCAGAGUAUUUUGGAUAUUAUAAACUCAAGACUCACUUGUUUAGACUGCACUUGUAGAUCUCUUGAUCUACCCAUAUGCACUGGACUUGAGCACCACAUUACUGGAUCCUCAGCUGAUGCACUAUCCUUGCACUAUUGCACUACUAAUAUGUAAUUGUAGAUAUAACUUGUUGUAAUCCUAACUUGUUGCAUCCUAGUUCAUAUUGUAUUUUAGUAGUAUCAUUUGCACUUACUGUAAACUAUACUGUAUUUAGUGGGGCUUGCAAAGCAAGAGUCCCCACUUUAAAUCUUCGACAUACUUCUUCUUCUUCUUAUUUUUUGGCACGCUACUCCUCUUACACCAUUUAAGCUACAAACGCCGUUCAAACUUUACAAUGUGUAGACCAGUCUGGAAUAGUGUGCUUGUAUACAACUUUCUGAUAUAUAUUAUACUUUUUAAACUAUUAAGCUUUUUGUCCUUUUUUGUCCAUCUUCAUUCACUUUGAUGGAAUUUUUUUCAACAUUCUAAAGCUCCCCUUUGUUUAAAAACUCCCAGACUUCCAACAUUCUGUUUACUGUCAAUGAUGUAACUUUUGACACAAAUCAGCUACUUUGACCACUUUCCCAACAAGCAAGACAAAAAGUUAUAUGGAAUCUUCCUCUACUUCUCAGCUAUUUGAAUAUGAAAUCAAAACAGGAAUGGCGUCUACCAAUCAAGAGGUACAGCUGUAACCGCAUCAGCUUCUUUCAGUAGGCUACUUCCCACUGUUGAAUUAACUGUCAUAGAACUUUGAGAAAUUUCAAAUUCUAGCACAUUCUAAGCAUGAGACAAUUAUUAAACAAUGUGACUUUUGACACAAAUCAGCUACUUUGACCACUUUCCCAAUAAAGCAAGCCCCACAACUUUACUUGUAAAGUUAUCAUCUAGUUAAAUAUUAAUCUUGCAUUGUGGCCCUUUACUGCCCUGUAACACCUAUACUGCCCUGUAACACCUAUACUGCCCUGUAACACCUAUACUGCCCUGUAACAACUAUACUGCCCUGUGUUCAUAAAUGUGCUAUUUCUACCAACACGUUUUAACAGAGUUUGGAAUAAUAAUAAAUCAAAGAUAUCACUGUGAGUCCAGUUUACAGGAACUGGAUUUUGGCCCAAGAAUCUUUUUUCUUUUCCCUUCAUUUUUACAAAACCCAUUCUCGACUCUGUUCCUAUGAAUAAUAAUAAUAAUAAUAAAAAAAUCGGUCUAUACGCUUUCAAUAGGCUUCCCUUAUAAAAACAAACAAAACACUAACACUUACUACACUACACUAUA